GCUCUUUCCAGACCAUCCAGGAAAACUAAUAGGUCCUUCUAGAGCUCUCCUCCUUUUUCCCGUCUAGUCACACGGAGAGUUCUGGAAGGCUGCAGGAAGGCGGUGCCUGCUCGCCCACCCACCCCAAGCCAAGGGCCCCCAAAUCCGGCCGAGCAGAAGAGCAGAGAGGGCCAGUUGUCGGGACUACUGAGUUGACCAAAGCGAGCGGCAAGCCAUUGGAGUAACCCGACAGACACACACACACACAGACACACACACUUACAGCCAGACACACGCGCUGAGAGAGAGGUUAACCUUCAGCUGAGGCCAACAUGGCUUUGUUGUGCUACAACAAAGGUUGUGGAGAGAACUUUGACAAAGACAAGAACGCUAACGAUGCCUGUCUCUUUCACCCUGGAGUUCCCAUCUUCCACGAUGCACUGAAGGGGUGGUCUUGCUGCAAGAAGAAGACAACAGACUUCUCCGAAUUUCUGUCUAUCAAGGGAUGCACCCGCGGGCGCCAUAGUAACGAGAAGCCUCCAGAGCCUGUGAAGCCGGAGCUGGUGUCGGAUAAGGGCGAUCAGAAACAGAAGAAUGGCGUCGAGAUCAUCUACCAAGGGCCCAAAUCGGCCGAGGCCAUGCAGAAGGAGAGGCCCAGCUCAGAUGAGCCCAAGUCUAAGCUGGCGGUGAAGGUGGCUCCUACUCUGACUCAGCUCCUGGAGAAGAUGGAGAUUACCCAGAAGGAAGAGGCCAAGAAACAAGAGUCGCAAGGCGUGAUGUACGGCACCAAGUGCAAGAAUUCCGGCUGCAAAGAGUCUUACGAGGGCCCAGAGACGGACGCAGUGGGGUGCGUACACCAUCCUGGAGGCCCGGUGUUCCAUGAAGGAUACAAGUACUGGAGCUGUUGCUGCAUAAAGACCAUCGAUUUCAAUGCCUUCCUGGAUCAGAAGGGCUGCACAACAGGCAAGCACAGCUGGGUCCCCAAACAGGACAAGAAGAAGGUGGCGUGCCGCCAUGAUUGGCAUCAGACUGGCGCACAGGUGGUGGUGACCAUCUACGCCAAGAGCUCCAACCCCCAGCAUUCCUACGUGGAGGCCAACGGCACCGUGCUGACUUGUCACAUCCAGUUUGAGAACGAUAAGCUUUUCCACAAGGACUUCCACCUUUGGGGGGUGGUGGAUGUGGGCAACAGUGGGGUCAGCAUGCUGCCCUCUAAGGUGGAGGUGACGCUGCGUAAGGCCAACGGCGUGUCCUGGGGGAAGCUGGAGGACCCCAACUUCAAGCCGGAGCCCGAGAUGGUGGACGCGAGCGCGGACACGGAGGCGGAGCCGACGCGGCCCGACUGGGACAUCGACGACGACGACAUCAGCGAGUCGGACUGGGACGAUUCGGAAGAGGAGGAAGAGAUGAGGAGGAUGCAGAAGGAGAUGGAGGAUGGUCCGCCGGAGUUGGAGGAGCUCAAAGACACGCCAAAGCUGAAGAAGUAAACAAACAAACACAAACAAAAACAAAAACACCAAUCCUGAACCUCGUAACGCUUAGCAAGUGUGUGUGCUCCAUUUUAACUCAAUGUUUUAUUAAAAAAUGUCAAACACAAA